AUGGUCAACUAUCAUAUCCUUCAAGCAGACUCGCUGACUGAUGACCAGAUCCAACAAUGUGCCAACUUGUUCUCAACUAAAUAUGGAGUGUGGAGCAAACAUGUCCAACCUCCACUGCAACCUGGAAAGAAUGUUAGGUUGACGGCUAACAAACUAAAGAAACAAUUCCUCUUUGACGAUCAAUGUUAUGCAUCACUGGCAAUAGACAAUGGUGAACAUGUUGGUCAUGCACUAUAUAGAGUGUUCAGUACACCUGAGCUUGGAGAAGUACGAUGGAUCACUCAGUUGGUAGUCAAGAGAGAACAUCGACAUCGUGGUAUUGGACAACAAUUGGUAUAUAAUUGUCUAGGAACUACCUGGAGGGCUGCAGGCUUAGCAUCAUGCAAUCCAUAUGCAGUGAAGGCACUUGAGAGGGCCAGUGGUCUGAAGUGUAACCUUGAACUUUCGCAACAACAUGGACCAAGUAUCCUACAAUGCUCCAACCUAUCAUACCUACCAAAGGAAGUUGAUGUCCAUGUGAAUGCCCUGCAAUCUCAUUCAUAUAUCGACACCAACUACUUUGUUGACCAUGAUGAAGUUCUAGAUGCACUCAACAAGGUGGAUAUAUGGCGUCUAGGUGACAAUCUUCCAGAGGGCUACGAGUUCUUGCAUUCGUGUUCAGGUCCAGUCUGUCAUGAUCGAUUGAACUUCAACAUCGCACAUGCCCAUUGA